UGCAGUGUAGGUGGCUAGGUGAGUUUUAUAAAUAUGCGCUUUCGUUUCCGUGAUGUGACGCCAUUCUCCCCGAGCAGGUGAACUGCGGGGGAUAUCUGCGCUAAAGAUAGGUUUUCUUCCGCAAGUUUUAACUUUCCAUGACAGCUGACCAUGGGAUUCCCCAUUUUCAAAACUCUCCCCUAAAUCCCCGUGUCAUAUCCCCAUCCAAAAUAAUAUAGAAUAAUAAACAAUCUGGAAUACUUUAGGUUAUAUUUCAAAUUUCUACGAUACUACGAUAGUGUAUUACAAAGGAACAGUAAAGUCAUGCACGGCUCUGCGCAUUUGGAUUGUGUAAAUACUGUACACUUUCCACUAGAUGUCCCUGUUGUCCAGCAGUGGCCACAGUGCUUUACUUCUAUUUGUCUUGGCAUAGGCCUCUAUAAAUACUUUGCAAACAAGUAUCGGCAAGUAUUAUGAUAGGUUUUAUUUUUAGGAUUUUUUUUUUUAAGAAACAGCUUUACAAUUUGAUGGCUUGCGUAUUCUCUUCUCACAUCUGAGUUUACACAAGGCCCUUUUAAACUGUAAAUAAAUUGAGUGAUUGUGUUUGCGCCUGUGCAGGGCCAAAGUAAAUGUUGAUACUCAUCAGUGUGUGGGUCUGUUGGGGUCAUAAACCAGCCCACGAGGACAGCUCAAGUGUCUGACCCUCCCUCUAUCAGAUAGAACACACCACCGCUCACUUUAAGCUGUCUCUCAGAGCACAGAUGAAGACUUGGGGGGUGCAACAGCGGAGCUGAGAAGUGGAUGCUUUGUCUUCAUCCGAUGACACAAUUAGGAUUUCUUAUAUUUGAUAUACAUGUAAUAGGUCAAUUUACUAGUGUGUGCGUAAACCUGUUGGAGCCUUUUAUGCGAGUUGUUGGAGGUGUGCGCAUUCAUUUACCAGGGAAUUAAACGUUUAUUUUGGAUAAGAAACACCAUAUAAAGAUAACAUUUCAGUAGGACACAGCUAUUCAAGAACAACUUUUACAAUGCUACCAGUUGCGCCUUUGUUCCUGUUCCUUUUUGCGCACUUGGACACUUUUACGCACGCCUGUCAGUUGCCAUCCGAGUGGCGCCCAUUGAGCGAAGGUUGCCGGGCUGAACUGGCGGAGAUAAUCAUUUAUGCUCGUGUUUUGGCCAUUCACCGUGAGACAUUGAGCAGCGCGGGAGGACUGUACAACUCACUGCCGUUUGGUUUGGGUUAUGGAUACGAGAGCGCGGAGGAAGGACUGCUGUACUCUGCUGAAGUGGAACUCUUGUGUGACCAGGCGUGGGGCAGCAUGCUGGAGGUCCCCACCGGGUCGAGACUCAACCUGACCGGGCUGGGCUACCUCUCCUGUCAGUCCCAUACGGUGAUGGAAAACUACUCUUACUUCUUUUUUCUGAGGAUGGACGAAAACUAUAACCUCCUCCCACACGGGGUCAACUUCCAGGAUGCUAUCUUCAUGGACACAGUGGAAAACAGACGCACUUUCUCCAGUCUCUUCCAAUUCUCCAACUGUAGCUUGGCACAGCAGCCUUUGCACCAGUACAGCCCUGAAUGGGAAGCACAGGAAGACAACAGAUUAAUGUGCUCUUCUGUCCAAGCUGCUCUGUUCGAAGAGGAGGAAAAGAGCAGAAAACUCCAGGAACGUCUGUCUGCAGCUGAGAGGAGAAACCGCCAACUCAAAGAGCGCCUGAAGAAAGUGAAAAGAUCUUUAAAAAACACUCGUAAAGCUGCGCAGAAGGCUGAUGAGGAGAUGAGGGUGCUACAGGAGAAGCUGUCUGCUGCAGAGAGGAGAGCUGGACAUCAUCUCAAUGUAAUAGACCAGCCCCGAUCCCCCACGUACAAAAGCAGAGGGGACAGACGGCAGAAACUAUGAAGGGACUCAAACAGGAGGAGGGGGCUGCUGGGCGGUCUCAAUGAGAAUACAGGACUUUGUAAAGAGUUUGGAGUUUGUAUUUUAGCAUCCUUCUUAUUGUAACCAUUGACAACAUUCAUUCUGUUCUUUCAGCUUGGCUUGUCUCGUGUGACAAGCUUUGAAGCACAAUUUUAUUCUGUGAAAUUUGUUUCUUAAAUAAUGUGUGAUUCAGUAAUGGCAAGGCAGGGAAACUGCUAUUUGUAAAGGGACAGUAUCAAAACAACUCUUUAUUGUGGACUAUAGGCCUGUCACAUAAAUAAUUAAAUAGCAAUAAAUAACUUGCCAUUUCAUGCAUGUUAAUUCUACAACUUUUAAGCAAGGCAUUCUGUACACACUUUUCUAACUCAUCAUAAUCUAAAAUAAUGCAGGAGUUGCAAUAACUUAAUAGGCUAAAGUAAUUUUUUGGUGAAGGGUAUGCUACCUGCCUGUUUCUUAUCACAAUGGAGACAAGCAAAUGGCACCACCAGACCAGAUUUGUGGAGAGGUGAGCCUUUUCACUGUUAAAAAUAUAAUAAAUGAAAGACAUGUUUAAUGCCAUAAAUGUGGAACUGUCCAGGUAAUGAAAUUACAUCUUCAUGAAGACAAGCAGAGAAACAUACCACACCAGAAAAGUUACUUAUUGCACCUUUAACAGAAGAAAAAUCACUAAUAUUGAAUUAUUUUCCUUUUUUGUGACUGAUUCAAUAAAAAAUGCUGUUCAGGUUAA